AUGCAUGCUACCCUCUACCUUCUUCCCGCCCUCUUCCUCAGCUUCUCAGUUGCCGCCCCACUGGCGAAUGCUGGUCUGAACCCACGUGUUGAGAGCGCCAGCAACGUCGUGGCUGACGCCGAUGAUGUCGUUUCAAACACCUGGGAGCAACGGAGAUCGGUUCCUGUAACUCCAGCGCAUGAUGCUGAUGAGGCUGUUUCAAACACCUGGGAUAGAAAGUCUAUGAUUCCACGGGCCGACGCCGACGAAAGUGUUUCGAAUACUUGGGAUCGCAAAUCUGUUAUUCCUUCUACAGAUGCCGAUGAAAGCGUUUCCAAUACUUGGGACCGUAAAUCUACCAUUCCUCGUGCAGAUGCCGACGAAAGUGUUUCAAAUACUUGGGACCGCAAAUCUAUCAUCCCUCGUGUAAAUGCCGAUGAUGCUGUGUCAAACACGUGGGAACAAUAA